AUUCAUAACUGCAAAUUCACAUCACUGCACAGAAAUAAAGUCACGAGUGCCAGUGCACCCUCUAGAUAGGAUAUACUAUACAUAGAUUAAGACAUUUAAUACAAAAAUGUCUCCGAUUUUGAUGUAUGAUUUGAAAAUAACGUCGUAUUGCUUGUUUUGUUUUUCAAUAGUUGAUCUUUUGUUACGGCUGAAUUUCUAAACAAAUGUAAAAUACCACAGACCACUGUUGAUGAACUAACGCUGUGUUGUAUGUCAUAGGUUCAUAAAUUUCAUUUUCGGUUUCAUAGACAAGAAGUAGUAUUACAUACAGAAACUCAGACGCUGUCAUUCCGUGUAAGUUAUGUCAAUGUUGAGCAGUAAAUCCAACGAGGAGAUCAAAUGGAUGCUGGAUGAUUACGGAAUAAAACACGGUCCUGUGGUCGAUUCCACCCGAGUCCUUUAUGAGAAGAAGCUGAGAGAAGCCAUGUCUAAACACAGAAGAACCCAAGCUCAAUCCAACAGGACAUAUUACAGGGAAGAGGAGGACAUCACCUAUGUUCAGCAUCACAGACCUCAACUAUAUGAUGAUGUGAGCAACAGAACGUGGUCUGAUUAUAGAGGGAUGGACUACACAGAUGAGCCUUCAAUAUAUAGGACUCAAGCUCCUUACCGUAAUAUUUCACAAGCAAGAAACCUGCCGCCAGAGCCUCAUAUCCAGAAAACACCUGAGAAGAGUUCAACACACCUGGUCCCAGUCUGGCUACAGAUAUUAGUGUUUCUGAUCGUAUCUGGUCUCCUGUACUUGGUUUUUAUGAAUAUGGAAUCAGCAGAGCCUGUGAAAAGACUGACGUAGCUCUUCCUUUAGUGAUUAAACUGUAUGUUACAUUUCUAAAACAAGCAAAUAUUCAGCACAAUAGAUGUGAUUUUUAACAUACUGCAGUGUAUUUUAACUUCUUAAAUCUUGGGUUAUUUGUGUGUGAUGUUUUAUCAUAGUAAUAGUCCAACACUGUAACUUGUGAAUAUUAAGGAAGUGGGUGCUACAGGAUGCACCUGUUGAAAGAUUAUUUUUAAGAUAUAUAUAUAUAUAUUUUUUUUGUCCCUUGAUACAAUAAUUGUCCAUUGUAAUGCUGCAGUACAUUUUACAGUACUGUAGUUUUAGUAAUUUCUUGGGCUCAUAAAAGUUUGAUAUAUUACAACUUGUAAUACUAAUUUAAAAGCCUUUUUUGUAUGAAUUAUAUAAGCAUAUUUUAAAGGUUACAGUUACUGAAUUUGGUGUUCAUCAUUUUACAGUAGGUAAUGAUUUUUCCAUUUGUCUGAAAGUAUCACUCAUGAAUUUGGGUCAUACUCUGAAUUAUAUGUAUUUGAAUAUGCUGGAGCCAGAUUAUAUGAAUGUCAGAAUCAAUUGUUUCUGGUGUUUUGUGAUUUAAAAUCUACAGGUUUUAUUAAAAUGAACUUUUUAGAUACA